AUGGAAGACUGGGAAGAAAAGUGGGUGAGCUGCAACAUUGCAUUUCAUCAAGAACAGGGACAUCAGCUAUUAGAGAAGCAUUUGGAUACUUUUCUUAAUGGCAAGAGUGGACUCAGUAUAUUUUUUUCCCUUUGUGGAAAAGCAGUUGAGAUGAGAUGGUUUGCAGACCUCGGACACAGUGUUGCUGGUGUGGAAAUCAGUGAACUUGGGAUUCAAGAAUUUUUUACAGAGAAGAAUCUUUCCUACUCAGAAGAACCAAUUGCUGAAAUUCCUGGAGCCAAAGUAUUUAAGAGUUCCUCAGGGAACAUUUCAUUGUACUGUUGCAGCAUUUUUGAUCUUUCCAGAGUAAAUAUUGGCAAAUUUGACACGAUUUGGGAUAGAGGAGCCUUAGUCACUGUUAAUCCAGGUGAUCAAGAAUGCUAUGUUGAUAUGUUGUCCCUAACAAGAAAAGGGUUCCACUACCUCACAUCUGUUGUUUCUUAUGAUCCAACUAAACAUGCAGGCUCACCAUUUUAUAUUCCAGACACUGAAAUUAACAAGUUGUUUGGCACAAAAUGCGAUAUUAAUUGCCUUGAGAAAGUUGAUGCUUUUGAAAAAUGA